ACAAGUGGUAGGAAAGCCCGACUUCAUCGCAACAUCCCUCCCCCAAGACCCCACCAUCCAUACCCAUCAACCGCGACUGCUGGACAUCAGCUAGACACUCGUUCGAGCCAAAGAAACGCGUUUUCGACCACUGCGAUUGCCGCCCUCUUUCCACACGACUAUAGACUCGCCAAUUCCCUCUCCCCGACUCGUCCCCGACCACCCGAUCACGGCAGCCAGCGCCCAGCGACGUUCCCUAUCGUCCUUUCUAUAUCUUGGACGCCCUUCCCUUCGCCUCCAUCGUCUCUAUCGUCAGAUCUACUUCAAUCAGAGAAGGCACAGUUCAUACAUCUCUUUCACAGAUGCGGAAAUCUCUUUAGAAUUCGCAUUUCCUACGUCGGAAAGACGAUCCGAGCCUACACGAUAGAGAGCCUCUCGCCGAGGCUUCGCGGCAAGCAUGGCGCCCGUCGUGACGGCAAUCCCGCCACCGGUGCUGCCAGCCGCCUCUAAGAUCAAGCGACCCGUUCCUCCCGGGAUCCAGACGAACGGCGCUACUUCCAUGACCAAUGCGUCAUCUUCGCCGUCUAUGUCAACUAAGAAACAUCCCAAUUCGAUGAGCGCGACCGCCAGCGGCAACACGAACGCAACCACCCCCCAGUCGGCGCGACCACCAAAGGCGCAAAGAAAGCCUUCAACUCAAGUUGCCAACCAAACCUCCAAUACGAACAGCGGUACUGCAUCUCAGGAUGUAUUAAUGGGCGGAGUCGCAACGAUGUCGACCGCAGUAGAACGUCCUCCUUACGUCGUCACGGACGACUACAUUCUUAAGAAGUAUGCCGGAAACCCACCAUCACUCGUCGUCCAUCUUCAUGCCACGCAUUUCCGAUUCGAUCAGCAAGAUGGGACCUUUUCAUACAAGUCACCGAUGCGCAUCUUCCUCGAACACGUCCGAACUCGAACCGUUCCUCACGACCUUCUCGAGUAUUUUACCCAAGCUGGCGUUACCUUUUACGAGGGUUGUCUCAUUGUACGGGUACACGACCACAAAACCCCGGCACAAGUCAAGGACGUCCGACCCCCAGUUUCCAAAUCGACCACCGUCGUACCAUCGUCCAUUCAUAACCACAAUCCAUACAUCGUACCGUCUCCCUACGUCCCAUAUCCGAAGGACAACCUUGGCGAGGCGCCGGAGCCUGUCCCAGCAACAGGAGAGGAUGGCAAGGAGAAGGAGAAGUCGGGCGAGGACCAAGGCACGGACCCAGGCACAGAUAUCAAGCCUGCUCCGUCCCUCCCCGGCGAGGGGCAGAAAAGCCAAUCGCCUCCCCAGGCGAGGAUAUUCACCGUUGUUUUACAUCCAACACAGCAUAGCUUGCAGACCGACCUCAUUCUGAAAGCACUUACUCCGCGGACAGCCGCUGAUGACCGCACAAGUAUUGACGGCGGCGUGAUACCGCCGGCAACGCCCGUCUCCAUGGUACCGCCUACGCCCACGACUUCCAGCAUGCCACCUCCGUCCAAGAGACAAAAGCGAGAGCGCAUGGAGCUUGACGGAAGCAACAUCCGCGAUGCCGAAGCCCAGAUUUUGCUAGCCACCCACCCGACUCUCCAUCUCGCGCCCACCAAGGAUGCCCGCGGCACGAUCGCGCUCCUCGACACCCUCGCUCAUCCGAAACACAGCUAUCCGCCGCCCGAACCCAAGACGAGAAAAAGAACUGUGGCCGAAAUGGCGGCAGACGAGGCGCAAGCGGCAGAGCAGGAAAGAUACAUGCUCACGCUCGACGAACGACUCUCCUCGACAGCUAAUGGCACUCAGGGGGGUGCCAACGGGGCCGACGGCGAAGACCAGGCGGGUGGGUCUACGUUUGAGCCCAAUUUCGCGCGGUUCAAGGUCAUCGCCGACAUUAAGAGUGAAUACGAAGAGAAGAAAAAACAGGAGAGGGCAAGGCUUGCGGAGAACGAGAGGAAGCUCGCGCAACAGAGGCUACUGCAGCAGCAGCAGCAGCAGCAAGAACAGCAAGCGGCUGCAUUGGCUCAGCAGCGUCAACAAGCCGAACUCGAGAAGGCCAGGAGAGAGCAAGCGGCAGCUGAGAAACGCGAUCGCCAAGAGGCAGCCAGACAGGCAGCACUCGCUGCGCAGGCGAAUCCCCAACGCACCGGCCAAAACGCGGGCCUUGCCGGCCAGCGGGCGCACCCGCAACCUCCUCAUGGCGGGAUGCCCAGCGGCGGUGCGCCUGUCGGUGUCGGUGCAGGGGUGCCCGGCGGCGCUCCUUCUGGCGGCCUCCCUAACGGUAUUCCGGCACAAGCGCAGGCCAGGUUCGCGCAGGUGGCCCAACCCCAGGUGUCGUCGCCAGUCAUCCGACAGGGAACUCCGCACAGCAUGUCGUCACCGAUGCCUGGCGCGGUGGCCAUGCAGCAGUCCAAUUCGAGCAUGGCGGCCAGUCCGCCCCGGCCGCCAUCGGUGGCCCAGGGUCACCCUGGUGGCGGCAUGGGUGGCGUGCCCAUGACUGCCAAUAUGUCGGCUCGUGCUAGCCAGCAGAGUCAUCCGGCCGGUACGCCGCGGAUGCCGCACGGGACGCCCAAUAUGCAGGGGACGCCUGUCCCUGCGCGUGCCAUGGCGGCCACGCCCCGGAUGUCCCAGGCCAGCCCGCCUCCCAACAUGAUGACGACCAGCUCGCAGAUGGGCCAGGGCAUGAUGGUUGGCACGCCUAACAUGCAGCAGCAGCAGAUGCACGCGGAUCCGACGUUCCUGGCGCAGCAGAUCGCGCAGAGGCAACGGGCCAUCCAGCAAGCGCAGAUGCCGCACGCCAUGCAGAACAGCAUGAUGAACAGUAACUUCGGCAACGGACAGCCGAUGACGCCUCAGCAAAUGCAACACGAGAUGCAGCGGCGGGCUAUGUUUCUUCAGCAACAGCAACAGCAACAGCAACAGCAGCAGCAGCAGCAGCAGCAGCAGUUACCGCAACAUGGGCAGCAGCAGCAGCCCCAUCGUAACAUGAUGAACCCGCAGAUGGCACAGCGCUUCGCCCAGCAACUCCAAAACAUGCAAGCGGGAGGUCCGAUGGCAGGUGGACAGAUGUCGCCACAGAUGCAGGCGCAGCUACAGGCACAGCUACAGCAACAUAUGGGGAACCCCAUGCAGCGGCAGAUGAUGGGGACGCCUCAGUCCAUGAAUGCUCAGGCCAUGAAUAUGCAGGCGAUGUUGAUGCAGCAGCAGCAGCAGCAACAACAACAACAACAACAACAACAACAACACCAGCAGCAACAGCACCAGCACCAACAGCAACAGCAACACCAGCAGCAGCACCAACAGCAACAGCAACAGCAACAGCAGAACAUGAACACCUUCCAACAGCAUGUCCGGACUCAAACACAACUUCUCUACAACAAAGGCAUUCAAGACCUGGCGAACAAAUGGGGAGGUGCGGUCGAGAACAUCCCUGCGGAACAUCUGGAACAGUUUAAGAAGCAUUGCAUGAUCCAGGCCAGAAACAACGUGGCAAACGUCAUAGCCCAGCGGAGGGCGCACCAACAACAGCAACAGCAGGCGGCCAUACUGCAGCAGCAACAGCAACAGCAACAACAGCAGCAGCAGCAGCAACAGCAGAUGCAGGGCAUGGGCGGGAUGAUAGGCCCCGGUACCCACGGCAUGUAGGACGAUGACGAUGACGAUGACUCGGACUCGGACCUAAACCUAGACCCACGGAUGCUACAGCAACAGGCCGCCAUACAGCUGCAGCAGAUGCGGCAGCAAGUGCGGCAGCAACAGCUGCGGCGGCAACUGGUGCGGCAACGGAUGCGGCAGUUGCGGCAGCAGCAACAGGUGGAGGAGCAACUGCGGCGGCGACGGAGGCAACGGAUGCUGCUGCAGCAACGGCAGAUACUGGGCAGACGCGAGUUGACAGGCCCCG